GGGACCCCGGGGGGGAGAGCGGACGCGCGGGCGGCUCCCGACCCAUCUUCCUCCCCGUCGGUUCGCAGGGAGGCCGCAAAAAUGUUUCAAAUUCCCGUUCACAACCUGGAGACGAUCCGGAAGGCCCGGAAACGGGUGAAAGGCAUUCUCGUGGACAUCGGGCUCGCCAGCUGCAAGGAGUUACUGCGGGACUUCGAGAGUUGCGACCCGGGGGAGAAGUACUUCUGCAGCACUUCUUGGGGCGACGUCUCUCCCUGGGAGGCCUCCGGAAAGAGGAAGAGGUACCGGACCGAGCCGUACUGCUGCGCUCUCUGCAAGUUCUCCACCAGGCUGCCGUCUUCGUUCAAGAGCCACCUGCACCGCCACCACGACGACGAGAUGGACCAGGAGCUGGUGGUCUCCUGCCCCCAGUGCGAGUUCGCCUCGCGGCCCCAGACGGUGGGGAGGCACGUCUGGCUGUUCCACACGCCGCCCCCGCCCCCGGCGCCGCCCCCGCCCCCGGCGCCGCCCCCGGCGCCGCCGCCGCCGCGCCGCGUCCAGAACUACGUGGUGAACUUCCUCGGGGAGGCCAAGCGGCCCCGGAGCGACGUGAUCAACUUCACCUGCUUAAAGUGUCACUUCACCAACACCCUGUACUACGGCAUGAAGCAGCACGUGCUGGUCGCCCACUUCAACUACCUGAUCCACUCCUACUUCGGGCAGGGGGCCGAGGGGCCGGAGGGCGCGGCCGCGGGCGGGGCCCCCGGGGGCUACUACUGUAAGAAGUGCCGGGCCCGGGCCCCCAGCGCCGAGGCGCUCAUGUACCACAUCCUGACGGCGGAGAGCCACCGGGACCUGGACGACAAGCUGCGCUCGCUCAUCUCGGAGCACGCGGCCAAGAGGGCCGGGCCCCCGAAGCCCGCGCACAUCGCCCCCAAGCCCGCCGCCCCGCCGCCCCCCCCGCUCCGGAGGCCCGUCCGGACGUCGGCCGCGGCCCCCGGCGCCCCCGGGGCGGCGACGCUCCCGCUCCCCGUGACUCUGCUGUCGGGCCCCCCGCCCGGGGGCCGCGGCGACCCCGCCCUUCGGAGGGCGGCGCCCCGGCCGGUCCCGGUCUCCCAGGGCCUGCCGCCGGUGCGGCCGGCGCCGCCCCCCGACCCGCCCGCGGGCCGGGGCGCCCGGCCGGGGGCGCCGCGGGCCGACCCCCCGGGGCCCCGGCCGUGGCCGCGGGGGUCCCGCGGGCCGUCUCGCCGAGGGUCCUCCCGCGGGCGCGGAGCCGCCGGCGCCGCGGCCCGUCGCGCCCGCGGUCCGGCCGGCGGCGGGGCCGGCGGGCCGGGGCGCGCCCCCGGGGCCCUGCCGGUGGGGCAGGUGGUCUCGCCCGGGACGGUGCUGGUGGGGCGGACGGUGGCGCCCGGGGCCCUGCUGGUGGGGCGGGGCGUCCCGCCCGGGACCCUGCUGGUGGGGCGGGGCGUCCCGUCCGGGGCCCUGCCCGUGGGGCAGACGGUGGCGCCCGGGACCCUGCUGGUGGGCCAGACGGUCCAGCCCGGGGCCCUGCCCGUGGGGCAGACGCUGCAGGCCGGGGCCCUGCCCGUGGGGCAGACGCUGCAGGCCGGGGCCCUGCCCGUGGGGCAGACCCUCCGGCCCGGGACCCUGCCCGUGGGGCAGACGCUGCAGGCCGGGACCCUGCCCGUGGGGCAGACGCUGCAGGCCGGGGCCCUGCCCGUGGGGCAGACGCUGCAGGCCGGGGCCCUGCCCGUGGGGCAGACGCUGCAGGCCGGCGCCCUGCCCGUGGGGCAGACGCUGCAGGCCGGCGCCCUGCCCGUGGGGCAGACCCUCCGGCCCGGGACCCUGCUGGUGGGCCAGACCCUCCCGCCGGGGGCCCUGCCGGCCGGGCGGGCCGCCGCGCCCGCCGUCCUGCGGGUGGGUCAGCCGCUGGUGUCCGGGGUCCUCCCGGCGGGGCCCCGGCGCGGCCGGUCCGGCCCGGCCCCCAGCCGCUGCGGCCCGCCGUCCCCCCAACGCCGCCCUGCUGGCGGCGGGUCCGUCCUGCGGCAGCUGAUCCCCACGGGGAAGCAGGUCAACGGGAUCCCCACCUACACCCUGGCGCCGGUGUCGGUGUCGCUGCCCGGGCCCCCCGCCGGCCCGGCCGCGUCGGGGCCCCCCCGGGGCCGGCCCGCCUCGCCCCCCGGCGGCUCCCCGAGCCCCCCGGCCGCGGCCGGGCCCCCCCCGGCCCCGGCCCCGCCGGCCCCGGCCCCGCCGGCCCCGGCCCCCCCGGCGGCGCCCCCCGCCCGGCCCCCCGCCCCCGGCCAGGCCCUCAGGCAGGCCAAGCAGUGGAAGACCUGCCCCGUCUGCCACGAGCUGUUCCCCUCCAACGUCUACCAGGUGCACAUGGAGGUGGCUCACAGGCAGAGCGGGGCCAAGGCCGGGGAGCCCGAGAAGCUGGCCGCCUGCGCCCCGUUCCUCCGCUGGAUGAUGGAGAAGACCGUCCGCUGCCUCUUCUGCAAGAGCUUCCUGGGCGAGAAGGAGCUGGCCGAGCACCUGCUGAUGCACGGCCUCAGCUGCCUCUUCUGCCCGCGCUCCUUCCACAGCCUGCGGGGCCUGGCCGAGCACAGCCGGGCCACCCACCGCGGCAAGAAGAAGGCCCACGUGGACUACGGGGGCCGCGGCUUCCAGUUCGAGAGCGACGCCAACGGCAACCUGCUCUUCCCCCACAUCGACUUCGUGAGCACGCUGCCCCGCGAGGAGCUCGGCGAGCGGGAGGUCUACCUGGCCGUCCUGACGGGCCUCUGCUCCCGGGCCCUCGUCCCCGUCUACAUCAAGGUGGGGCCCCGGGCGGCCGGCGCCCCCGGGGGCCCCGGCGGGCCGGCGCUCACCUGCCCCUUCUGCUUCGGGACCUCGGGGACCCCCGGGGCCUACGAGGCGCACCUCCGGGAGCGCCACCACAUCACCCCCACGGUGCACGCCGUCCUCAAGGCCCCGGCCUUCAAGUGCGUCCACUGCUGCGGCGUCUACACGGGCAACAUGACGCUCGCCGCCAUCGCCGUGCACCUGCUGCGCUGCCGCAGCGCCCCGCGGGACGGCCCCGGGGCCCCGGCCCCGCCCGGCCCGGCCCCCGCCCCGCCCGUCUCCCCGGGGAAGAGGAAGGAGUCGGCCCCGGGGCCCGAGGGCCGGGGGGCCCCGCCCGCCGGCCCCGACCCGGACCCGGCCGCCCCGGGGCCCUUCAAGAGGCUGAAGGGGGACGGGCGGGCCGAGGGGCCCCCCCUCCCCGACGACGCCCUGCGCGUCCUGGCGCUGGACCCCGCGCCGUACGCCAACCGCUCGGCCGAGCAGAGGAAGCGCUUCCUCGUCGACUACUUCCACAGGCGGCCGUAUCCCAGCCGGCGGGAGCUGGAGCUGCUGUCCUCGCUGCUCUGGGUGUGGAAGGUGGACGUCGCCUCCUUCUUCGGGAAGAAGAGGCACGGCUGCCUGGAGGCCAUCCGGCGGCACGCGCCCUCCGUGCUCCUGGGCUUCAACAUGGCCGAGCUGAAGAACGUCAAGCACGGCCUCAGCCUGCGGAGCGAGGCGGGGGGCUCCUAGGAGGCGGCGGGGGACGGGGCCCGGCUCCCGGGGGGGACGGCGCGCCGCCGCCCGCCCCUCGUCUCGGCACUUGGAAACGCUCCCGGCGGGCGGCCGCCCGGCGCCUCCGACGAGGCGGCCCGGGGCCGGGG